AUGUCUGAUGAAACCAUAAAAAUCAAAUUAGAACCUGAAGAAUAUACAAUUGAAGAGAUUCAAGAUGAAGAUGAUGGCUUUAGUACUAUAAAGACUGAAAAUGAUCAAAAAUGUUUGAAUUCACAAGUAACGAUAGAAAAACAGGAUGUAUCAGAUUCCCUUAAAUGUGGUUUAUGUAACAAAACCUUCAAACUCCCACAUAAUUUAAAAAAACACAUGCUCUUCCACGAAAAACACAGCACAUGUACAUAUUGCUCGAAGACAUUUCUCAAUCGACAAAACUUACAAAGACAUCUUAAAAUCCAUACCGGUGAAAGGUCUUACGUGUGCAAAACUUGCAACAAAACCUUCAAUGUAAAAAGUAAUUUAAACCGGCACAUACGUAUGCACACAAAAGAGCAUUUACUCACAUGCAAAAUAUGUAAUCAGAGGUUCAAACAAAUGAGACACUUAAAGACUCACAGCGCAGUUCACACAGAAGCCUCUCAACAUAGAUGUAAAAUCUGCGAUAAAACCUUUUCUAAAAGAAGCAACUUGAAAGCACACCUGGUGUGUCAUACUGGAGAUCGCCCUCAUAAGUGCAAUAUAUGCAAUAAAGCCUUUGUGCAACUCGGGAACUUAAAAUCCCACAUAGCCAUACACACCGGGGACCGGCCACACAAAUGCAGUUUAUGUGAUAAAGCAUUCAUACAAACCGGUGCACUAAAAAGACACAUGCGCAGUCACUCUGGUGAACGUCCUUAUGUUUGUGAUGUAUGUGAUAAAACAUUUAUGGUACAAAAUGCUUUAAACGAACACAAAGCUUGUGUCCACAAUGGAGAACGACCACAUAAAUGCAAAUUUUGUAAUAAAGCCUUUGUGCGACUGUGUUAUUUACAAUACCACAUCAGCACCCACAUUAAGGAACGCUUGUAUAAAUGUGGGUUGUGUAAUAAAAGAUUUAUUCGUGCUCCUGAUUUAAAAUACCACAUGCGUACACAUAUGAACAAACAAGAAGGGAUUUCCCACAAAGAUCAUCAGCAUAAACGAGAAUAUAAAUGCAAGAUUUGUAAAAAAGUCUUCGUACAAUUCAGGGACUUCAAAUUCCAUUUAGUGGUUCACACUAAAAAGCGUGCUUAUAAGUGUGACUCAUGUGUAAAAACCUUUACAUUGAAAUGCAACUUGAAACAACAUAGAAAUUUGCAUAAAGAAGUUUCUAAUUGA